GAGAGACGCGAGCUGGCGAUGGCCUGACGGAGGGCCGGCUGCGCUGGGCGGGGGCAGCGGGACCGGCGGGGCGGCUGCGGGUGCGGCGGCGGCGGAGGCGCCGGGCGCGGAUGCCACUGAGUAGGCCACGGCCUGCGCUCCCAGGCGGAUGGAACGCCGGUUUCCGCGGAUCCGCCGCUGCAAACGUGAAGUUCCUUGGCUCCCUGGGACGCGCAACAAAUAAAAGAUGACGGAGGGCCGUCGAUGUCAAGUACAUCUUCUUGAUGACAGGAAGCUGGAACUUCUAGUACAGCCCAAGCUUUUGGCCAAGGAGCUGCUUGACCUCGUGGCAUCUCACUUCAAUCUGAAGGAAAAGGAAUACUUUGGAAUAGCCUUCACAGAUGAGACGGGACACUUAAACUGGCUCCAGCUAGAUCGAAGAGUCUUAGAACACGACUUUCCUAAAAAGUCAGGACCAGUGGUUUUAUACUUCUGUGUCAGGUUCUACAUAGAAAGCAUUUCAUACCUAAAGGAUAAUGCCACCAUUGAGCUCUUCUUUCUGAAUGCUAAGUCCUGUAUCUACAAGGAGCUGAUUGAUGUGGACAGCGAGGUGGUGUUUGAAUUAGCCUCCUACAUUUUACAGGAGGCGAAGGGAGAUUUUUCUAGCAAUGAAGCGGUGAGGAGCGACUUGAAGAAGCUGCCCGCGCUUCCCACCCAAGCCCUGAAGGAGCACCCUUCCCUGGCCUACUGUGAGGACCGAGUGAUUGAGCACUACAAGAAACUGAAUGGCCAGACCAGAGGUCAAGCAAUUGUGAACUACAUGAGCAUCGUGGAGUCUCUCCCAACCUACGGGGUUCACUAUUAUGCAGUGAAGGACAAGCAGGGGAUCCCGUGGUGGCUGGGACUGAGCUACAAAGGAAUCUUCCAGUAUGACUACCACGACAAAGUGAAGCCACGGAAGAUAUUCCAGUGGAGGCAGUUGGAAAACCUGUAUUUCAGAGAAAAGAAGUUUUCCGUGGAAGUUCAUGACCCACGCAGGGCUUCUGUGACGAGGAGGACGUUUGGGCACAGUGGCAUUGCGGUGCACACGUGGUACGCGUGCCCAGCAUUAAUCAAGUCCAUUUGGGCUAUGGCUAUUAGCCAGCACCAGUUCUACCUGGACAGGAAGCAGAGUAAGUCUAAAAUCCAUGCCGCACGAAGCCUGAGUGAGAUCGCUAUCGACCUGACCGAGACGGGCACACUGAAGACCUCCAAGCUGGCCAACAUGGGGAGCAAAGGGAAGAUCAUCAGCGGCAGCAGCGGCAGCCUCCUGUCCUCAGGUUCUCAGGAAUCGGAUAGCUCUCAGUCCGCCAAGAAAGACAUGCUGGCUGCCUUGAAGUCCCGGCAGGAAGCGCUGGAGGAAACGCUGCGCCAGCGGCUGGAGGAGCUCAAGAAACUCUGCCUCCGAGAAGCCGAGCUGACGGGCAAACUGCCUGUGGAAUAUCCCCUGGACCCGGGGGAGGAACCACCCAUUGUUCGAAGAAGAAUCGGGACGGCCUUCAAGCUGGAUGAACAGAAAAUCCUGCCCAAGGGAGAGGAAGCCGAGCUGGAACGCCUGGAACGAGAGUUUGCCAUUCAAUCCCAGAUUACGGAGGCUGCCCGCCGCCUCGCCAGCGACCCCAACGUCAGCAAAAAACUGAAGAAACAAAGGAAAACCUCCUAUCUGAAUGCCCUGAAAAAGCUGCAGGAGAUUGAGAAUGCCAUCAAUGAGAACCGCAUCAAGUCUGGGAAGAAGCCCACCCAGAGGGCCUCGCUCAUCAUUGACGAUGGAAAUAUUGGCAGUGAAGACAGUUCCCUCUCCGAUGCCCUUGUUCUGGAGGAUGAAGACUCUCAGGUCUCCAGCACACUGUCCCCCUUACAGUCUCCUCACAAGGGACUUCCUCCUCGGCCACCAUCAUCGCAUAACAGGCCCCCUCCUCCCCAGUCCCUGGAGGGACUCAGGCAGAUGCACUAUCACCGCAAUGACUAUGACAAGUCACCCUUAAAGCCCAAAAUGUGGAGUGAGUCCUCGUUAGAUGAGCCGUAUGAGAAGGUCAAGAAACGUUCCUCCCACAGUCAUUCCAGCAGCCACAAGCGUUUCCCCAGCACAGGGAGCUGUGCCGAAGCUGGAGGGGGAAGCAGCUCCCUCCAGAACAGCCCCAUCCGCAGCCUUCCUCACUGGAACUCGCAGUCCAGCAUGCCGUCCACACCAGACCUGCGUGUACGGAGUCCCCACUACGUUCAUUCCACAAGGUCCGUGGACCUCAGCCCCACGCGCCUGCACAGCCUCGCUCUGCACUUUCGGCACCGCAGCUCCAGCCUGGAGUCCCAGGGCAAGCUCCUGGGCUCUGAGAAUGACACAGGGAGCCCCGACUUCUACACCCCGCGGACUCGUAGCAGCAAUGGUUCAGACCCCAUGGACGACUGCUCAUCCUGCACCAGCCACUCAAGCUCCGAGCACUACUACCCAGCGCAGAUGAACGCCAACUACUCCACCCUGGCGGAGGACUCGCCCUCCAAGGCGCGUGCCAGGCAGCGGCAGAGACAGCGGGCGGCGGGCGCGCUGGGCACAGCGAACUCGGGCAGCAUGCCCAACCUGGCCGCGAGGGGGGGCGGCGGCGGCGGCGGGCACCCACCUGGCGUCUACCUGCACAGUCAGAGCCAACCCAGCUCGCAGUACCGCAUCAAGGAGUACCCGCUGUACAUCGAGGGCGGCGCCACGCCCGUGGUUGUGCGCAGCCUGGAGAGCGACCAGGAGGGCCACUACAGCGUCAAGGCACAGUUCAAGACCUCCAAUUCCUACACCGCGGGCGGCCUGUUCCGGGAGAGCUGGAGGGCCAGUGAGGAGGGCGAUGCCGGCCGCCUGACGCCAUCGCGCUCGCAGAUCCUGGGGACUCCAUCGCUGGGCCGCGAGUGCGCCCACGACAAGGGCACGGGGCGCACCGCCGUGUCCGAUGAGUUGCGCCAGUGGUACCAGCGCUCCACCGCCUCGCACAAGGAGCACAGCCGCCUGUCGCACACCAGCUCCACCUCCUCUGACAGUGGCUCCCAGUACAGCACCUCCUCCCAGAGCACCUUCCUGGCCCACAGCCGAGUCACCAGGAUGCCCCAGAUGUGCAAGGCCACGUCAGCUGCCUUACCUCAAAGCCAGAGAAGCUCAACGCCAUCGAGUGAAAUUGGAGCAACGCCCCCAAGCAGUCCCCACCACAUCCUAACCUGGCAGACUGGGAGCUACAGUGACAGCUGUUUCCUGGAUUCCCCCCUGUAUCCAGAACUAGCUGACGUCCAGUGGUACGGCCAGGAGAAAGCCAAGCCGGGGACCCUCGUGUGAGCCAGCUGGCCUCAAUCUGACCGCCUCAACGCCAUUCUGAGAUCACCUCACUGCCUCUCAUUUGCCUUACCCAGACACACUGUCACCCUGCACCAGCUUCGGCCCUCAGCACUUUUUCCUCCUGUCUCCGCAUCCCCUCACAACUCAAAAACCUGACUGAGGAGACAUUGUGGAAGGUUCCGGUCCCACUGUGUGUCCCCUGGCUCUCUUGCCCACAGAGAGCCAGGCACCUGUCCUUAAUGGUACCUUGGUGGCUUCCCCCUGCCGUGACAGCCCCCAGGCCAGGAACCAUCAGGGAAGCUGGCUGGCCUCAAAUUCCUGUGGACAAGUGUUACAGAGGACAGGGAAGGAGACUGCCGUGGGUGGCCCAGAAAGUCUGUUAAGCUGUGGCCAGCCUGCCGCCUGGAGGUGCCAUCCAGGCACUUCAGGAACAGGCCGCCUGGUGGGAAGGCUCUUGACACCUGAACUAUUCCUUGGGCAGUGGCUCUUGGGGGAGUGGGGAGGAAUGAAACAGGACGCUCAACACAUCAGAGAUGCAUCAGAGGAUCACAAUCAGUUCUAUGCUGCCAAAGAUUUAAAAAAUUAAAACACAAAAAAAUGAGAGGGGCCAAGAGGAAGACAUUCUUUGUGUAACAAAAUCUCUUUCAAAUUCUAAACUGCUACGACACCCAAGUCCAAGUCAACCAUUUGUAAACUGUUUCCCCUCUUUAUGCCUCUCCCUAACGUCCACCUUCUCUCUCGGGAGAGCCUGGAAAACUCAGUGAUGUGACGCGAAAGUCGGAUCUCCGUGAGUCUGGACGCUGAGGACAGACCUGUGGGGAGCAGCGGAGUGUGCUAUCAGCCCCGGUCGGUGCCCAAGCCCAGGACACAGCUGCUUUCCUUUUGGGAUUUGUAGGAAACGUAGGUGAUGAUGCCAAAAGUGGUUCUCUCUCAUUAAAACAACCUGUAAACGA